ACUACCCCCUCAUCUUACUCCACCUUGUCCCCAUUUCUGCUAAUCUGCCCUAAGCCAAGAAAUUCGUUCGUUCAAGUCUGAUCUUGUUGCAGUCGACGUGCUCGGUCGGCCGUCCGGCGUCUUUUUUGAUAGGGUUCGAUGGAGAAGAAGGGUGCGGGAGGAAGAAGAGGCGGUGGUGGCCCCAAAAAGAAGCCGGUUUCCCGGUCCGUCAAAGCCGGUUUGCAGUUCCCGGUCGGGAGGAUUGGUCGAUACUUGAAGAAAGGAAGGUACUCGCAGCGUGUUGGGACAGGUGCUCCUGUUUACAUGGCUGCCGUGCUCGAAUACCUAGCUGCCGAGGUCUUGGAGUUGGCUGGAAAUGCGGCUCGUGAUAACAAGAAGAACAGAAUAAUCCCAAGGCAUGUUUUGCUGGCCGUUAGGAAUGAUGAGGAGCUUGGAAAGUUACUUGCUGGUGUUACCAUUGCUCAUGGCGGUGUCCUUCCCAACAUCAAUCCUGUUCUCUUGCCUAAGAAGAACGACAAGGCUCCCAAAGAGCCCAAGUCUCCCUCCAAGGCCACCAAGUCCCCAAAGAAGGCGUAGCUUUACUCUAGUCAAAUUAGACGCUUCUUUUUCCAUUUGUAUGUAAUAUGGAUUAGAUCCAAUCAUGUUCUCUGUUGCUUGUGCAGUUGAAAACUGAUUUCUAAAGCACUUUCGAUGUCUCUGCUAGUCUUUCCUCUUGCAAUUAAUGGAUGGAUGAAACUACUUGUUUCCA